AUGGCGUGCGAGCAGCUGGAGGAGUCCAUCGUGGCCGACGGCAACGGCAAGGAGGAAGAGGUCGGGGUCAUGGGCAUCGGCGCCGCGGACGGCGCCGACGACCAGCACGGCGGCGGCGGCAAGCUUAGCAUGAAGAGCCUGCUGUGGCACGGCGGCUCCGUCUGGGACGCAUGGUUCAGCUGCGCCUCCAACCAGGUGGCGCAGGUGCUCCUGACGCUGCCGUACUCCUUCUCCCAGCUGGGCAUGCUGUCCGGCAUCCUGCUGCAGAUCUUCUACGGCUUCUUGGGCAGCUGGACCGCCUACCUCAUCAGUGUCCUCUACGUCGAGUACCGCUCCCGCAAGGAGAAGGAAGGCGUCAGCUUCAAGAACCACGUCAUCCAGUGGUUCGAAGUGCUGGACGGGCUGCUGGGCCCCUACUGGAAGGCGGCCGGUCUGGCCUUCAACUGCACGUUCCUGCUCUUCGGCUCCGUCAUCCAGCUGAUCGCCUGCGCGAGCAACAUCUACUACAUCAACGACCGGCUGGACAAGCGGACAUGGACGUACAUCUUCGGCGCCUGCUGCGCCACCACGGUGUUCAUCCCGUCCUUCCACAACUACCGGAUCUGGUCCUUCCUGGGGCUCGGCAUGACCACCUACACCGCGUGGUACCUCGCCAUCGCCGCGCUCAUCAACGGCCAGGUCGAAGGCGUGGCGCACACCGGCCCGGCCAAGCUCGUGCUCUACUUCACCGGCGCCACCAACAUCCUCUACACCUUCGGCGGCCACGCCGUCACAGUGGAGAUCAUGCACGCGAUGUGGAAGCCCGCCAAGUUCAAGUACAUCUACCUGCUGGCGACGCUGUACGUGUUCACGCUGACGCUGCCGUCGGCGGCGGCCAUGUACUGGGCGUUCGGCGACGAGCUGCUGACUCACUCGAACGCCUUCUCGCUGCUGCCCAAGACCCGGUGGCGCGACGCGGCGGUGAUCCUGAUGCUGAUCCACCAGUUCAUCACGUUCGGGUUCGCGUGCACGCCGCUCUACUUCGUGUGGGAGAAGGUGAUCGGGAUGCACGACACCAAGAGCAUCUUCAAGCGCGCGCUGGCGCGGCUGCCCAUCGUGGUGCCCAUCUGGUUCCUGGCCAUCAUCUUCCCCUUCUUCGGGCCCAUCAACUCCGCCGUCGGCGCGCUGCUCGUCAGCUUCACCGUCUACAUCAUCCCGGCACUGGCGCACAUCCUCACCUUCCGCACGGCGUCCGCGCGCAUGAACGCCGCGGAGAAGCCACCGUUCUUCCUGCCGAGCUGGACGGCGAUGUUCGUCCUCAACAUGUUCAUCGUGGUGUGGGUGCUGGUGGUCGGCUUCGGGCUCGGCGGCUGGGCCAGCAUGGUCAACUUCAUCAGGCAGGUCGACACGUUCGGGCUGUUCGCCAAGUGCUACCAGUGCCCCAAGCCGCCCGUCGCGGCGACCGUGCAGUCACCGGCGCCGUUGCCGCACCACUAG